GGCAUAAUCGCGCGAAUAGACUGAAAUGAAGUGUAGUCGUCGGUAUUAAUAUGAAUCCAGUUGCAGGCGAAAUCGUUUUACUUACUGGUUCCAGUGGUUUUUUGGGACGGCAUAUUUUGAAAUUCCUACUGGAGGACGAUGUUGUCUCAGAAAUUAGAGCUCUUGAUAAAGUGCAGGCAUGCAACAAUAACAAUAACGAUUUGAGCUAUAAUGACACGAAGGGUAAGUUGAAGCUAUACGAGUGCGAUUUAGUGAAUUUGGAAUCUUGUCGGGAAGCUUUUCGAAACACCCACGUGGUAUUGCAUUGCGCUGGAUUUGUAAGCUACGAUUAUCCUGCAAACGUAGAUGAACUCCAAAAGAAUAACGUUCAAGCUACUGAAAACGUCACUCAAUUGUGCAUUGAAGAAAACGUUGGUCGAUUGGUACAUUGCAGUACAACUGAAGUGACAUUACAAUCGUGUUUCAAAGCUGGAAUCGUUGCUAUUAGUAUUUAUAAGCAAGAAUCGAAAAUAGAAAUUCCAGAAAACGAUAAAAGAUUAAUAUUUGGAGAGUAUGCUGCAUCAAAACUUAAAGCAGAGCAAAUUGUCAUUAAAUCUAAUGGGAAAUUACUGAAAAAUGGAAAAGGCCAACUUCGUACGGUUGCGUUACGGCCGACGUUACUUUACGGGGAAGGUGACCCACAUUUGCUUUCAAUAAUUCUGCAUGUGGCAAAGAAUCGAGGUAACUGUUUGCCCAGACUUUCAGGAACCGGUGGUAAACAACAAAUAACUUAUGUAGGAAAUGCCGCGUGGGCCUUCCUCCGUGCUAAAGACACGUUGCAAAAAACGCCCGAAGCUAUCGCUGGAUUGCCAGUGACAAUAACUGACGACACGCUGGUCGAAGACUUGACUCGAUUUUGCGAACGAAUAACAAGAUCCGCUAAAAACUGUAUAAAAGUCUCCACCUGGCCCCUGCCUUUUCUCAUAUCAUACGCGGGCGCUUGGUUCUUGGAGCUCCUCUUAAACAUCGGCUUUUUCAGGAAAUUUCAGGUAUCACCGCGCAGCCUCGUUGCUUUUUUAGGUUCUAUAAUUCUCUAUAAUAGAGCUCGAGCUUCGAUCCACAUGAAUUAUUGGCCAAAAUAUACACAUGACCAGACAUUUGCCAUAGCAUCCAAGUAUUACGGUGAACUCUGCAGUGAAAAAUAA